CAGGCGCGGUAGUACGCGCGCUCUACUCCCACCAGUCGCGCGCCAUCUGCGCACACGCAGCCUUCGCGCCAAGUGCUAUCAACAUUAAUCACAUUACUACAGUUAUUACUCCAGUGACAUUACAAUUUACAACCGUGGAUUACAGUGCAUACCAAACUGCGGAUGGUGAUAGUUGACAGUGAUUGACGCAUAACGGGCAAUAACUUUUUCGCUCACCACUGUGUCUAUUAACUGUUUUAUGGCCUGUACAGUGCGUCUAUUGUUGUGUGCGCUUCCACUAAUCUCCUAUUCACCUGUCUCUAUGCCACUGCGCCUGCGGUUGGACUGUGAAAUGUGACAAAAAAUUGCGACGUGCCCGGUUGGAGCCCUGGUUUGUAAACUUUGCGGGUUCCAACUACCUGAGGGUUGGACACAACACAUCUGACGUUCGAUCGGACGCCUUAUGUAUUUUGAACCGCGAUGUCCGACAACGCUGGAGCUGUAGUAUCCAGGGCAUCUACGCCACGCCCUGUCAACGACGCUCCAGUGACUGCGCCUUUAAGGUCCAGACAUGAUCAGUUCCUUGCAAGUUCCGCUGAGAGAGGUCAGCAAAGACCAUCCUCCAAUGGUCGAAAUCCGAGCGGCAAUUUCGAAUCCCCGCCAAUAUCUUACCACCGACAGAUGACCACAGGCUCUCUACUUACAUCAACUCAUCGAGAAUCUUCGGCUUUUGUUCCUGUUGUACCUACUAGAGCUAUGCAUCCUGUCAUGUAUCCUAAUGAAAUGCAUCCAGCAUUAAUUCCAUCAGAAAUCAUAGAAAGAGAAAGAAUGCUUGACAGAGACAGAGCAGAACCAGCAAAAGGAUCCCCUGAUAGAGCAUCUGGGAACUUCCCUAAAAGAAACUCUUUUGAUUUAAUGGCAAUGAUGGUUGAAAAGAGAAAAGAAGUGGCGUUGCGCGAAGCAGCGGCAGCUAUGUUACUUCCUCAUCAUAGAACUUCAUCUAUUGAAGGAAUGAUGUCUGAUGGUUCAUCGCAACCCCCUAUUUACGGGCCACCUGGAGCAUUUUUAGGUGCGCCAGGUCCUUCACCGACAGCUACAAGUAGUUUUACAUUUCCUGGAGCCGGAUUAUUUCCACCGGGGGCUGGUCCCCAUCAAAUGCAUCCACACUUAGACCGGCGGUUGUUACGAGCCCCUGGACGUGCUUCUAGGCCUAAAAAGCAAUUCAUCUGCAAAUUCUGCAACCGGCAAUUUACCAAGUCUUACAACCUGCUGAUCCACGAACGCACACACACCGACGAGCGGCCCUAUUCCUGUGACAUUUGCGGCAAGGCGUUCCGGAGACAAGACCACUUGCGAGACCACAGGUACAUACACUCCAAGGAGAAACCGUUCAAAUGCACGGAAUGUGGGAAAGGAUUCUGCCAAUCGCGAACUCUGGCAGUUCACAAGAUUCUUCAUAUGGAGGAGUCCCCACACAAAUGCCCAGUCUGCAGCCGGAGCUUCAAUCAGCGGUCAAACCUCAAGACUCAUCUGCUUACUCACACGGACCACAAACCCUACGAGUGCAACUCAUGUGGAAAAGUGUUCCGAAGAAAUUGCGAUUUGCGGCGUCAUGCUUUAACCCACGCUGUAGGAGACGUCCCUCCUGGAGAUGUAUUAGACGUAGGCGAAGAGGACAUCGGAAGACCAGGUUCGCCUAUCGAGCCGGGAUACGACGACGAAGAUCCAGAGCUCUCUUCUCCUGAGCACUCUCCUGUAAGACGUGCGAGAUCGUCAUCUAUUGAAAGUAUUGGACGAGAGCAAAGCGAAGAAAGACCAAGACGGUCUUCACCUUCUGCAGUGGAACGCACUCAUUGCCACCACAAUGAGGCUACUAACAGAGCCAGCCCGUACACGAUGCGUCCACAACAUACAGAUAAGCAUCGUUUGCCAUCAGACCCGUAUGAAAAGCGGCGGUACACAUCUGAUGAAAUUAUUGAAAAGGAAAUGCGUUAUACUGAAUUACCAGAGCAACCUAUAAGACAUCCACAACUUCAGAUUCGCAGAGAUUUGCAUCAAAUUCCUCAACCUGAUCCAUCGAAAAUGAAUCAGAUGAGUAGUCCACCUAUAGAUCCCGGGCCAUCUGGUAUGUACAUAAGUCCAUUUAGAAAGAGGAGUCAUCCGCCAGAUAUUGGAGAUAACGUGCGAUCAUGUGCUGCCAUAUACAGAAGUCGAUCACCAGAACCUACGAAUUUAUCUAUGCCGCGACAAACACUUGGUAAUGGAGAUGUUGUGGUUGGAAUAACUCCAGCGAUAAUGGGGAUGCCUUCGUAUCAUAAGUUUGGAUUGCCAAUGCCUCCACCUCAUCCUCAGAUUCCUUAUGGGCCUUUGUCUCACUCUGUAUUAGGUCCGCAACAGACUUGUGCUCAGGACUUGAUCGUGAAACAUGCCCCUCCUAAGGAUACUGCUCCGAGUACUUCGACUUGUGUGACAAAUUGCAAGGACAGUCCUCAGAGUAACGUAAAAGAAAGUGAAGAAGCCACUUCGAGUUCUAUUGCUAAUGGGAUAAAGAAUAUUGUUGGCAUUCAACCGAAUGCAAACCCUAAACCAGGAGGGAGCCAAUCAAGUGGCCCUAAGAAAGGCUUCAGUAUAGAAGACAUAAUGAGACGUUAAGUAUGAUAAGUUUAGUUCUAACGGUGCGUUUUAGAUAGAUUUACUGUAUAGGCUACAAUUAAUGCAUGUAAAUGUAUUUAAGGUUAGUGUUACUUUCGCAAAGUAUUAUUAGUGCAAGUUUGGAUACAUUUUUAAAGUUGCUAGAGGUAUGUUUGCAUUUGUACGUAUUGCAAUGUGGAUUUGGUUUUCGUAAAGAUCUCAUAAGGUUUGUUUGUGCAGUGUUUUGUUUACCUCCAAAUUUUAAAAAAUUAGUUUAUCAAAAUUUUAGGCAAUAUUUUUAUUUUUAUUCGCUAUGUUAUUGUUGGAUGUAAUAGUAUUAUUUAGAAAGGAACAGUUUGUAUGCAGUUUAAUUUUAUAUUCCACAUUAAGUAAAUUAAAAUGUGACUGGUUCAUAAGUUUAUGCAUUAAGAAAUGUUAUUUAUUAUUUAGUUAUUAUGUAUUUCAUAAUAGUGACGUUUUAAGUAAGAACUUUAUUCUAGGACGAUAUGAAUCAUGAUUUAAUUUAAAGCCAACAUCUUGUAAAUAUUAAAAAUUAUUUUAGUACUUAGUAUCAGUUUAUAUUUUUGACCAUAAUUACUUGUAUCUAUGGAAAAGAAUUUCGUUAUUAAAAGCUAUUGUAAUCGGCUAGGAAAAUAUACACAGUGCGAUAAUUUUAUUUUGGUGUCACUCAUUUUUACUUCAGUAGUUUAAGUAACGUAGAUCUGGUAUUUAUCAUUUAAGUUCUUAUGUAUUGAACAUAUAAUUAAGUAAAUUAAGUAUUUUUGUUGAUUAUACGAUUGCAAUUCACGCCUUGAAUAUUGUAACUAUGUAUAUUUUCGAAGCUGAAUUAAUUUAAUAAUGUGCGUAGAGCCGCAUUAGCUAAGCCAUUUAUUUCAUAAUAAUCUUUAUUGAUAUUAUCGUCGUCAUUACAUAAGUAGGUAAGUACGUGUACUUACGCGCGUAAUUCCUACUGUGGUAAGCAGAACUAAGGCAGCGAACUGGAGAACAACAGUGGUGGAGGUGUUAAUAAAUCUAAUACACAGAAUGUAACUAAACUUGAGUAAAAUCGAUUCUUUCAAUCAUUGAUGUCAUGAAUAUGCAGCCCAUCGCUGGUUUCCAGUUUUCGAUAAUAAAGUCGUUAAGUACAUAUAUAAACUUACCAAGAAUCAGGUCUGUUCUCACUUCAAAAUUCAUAACUUAUUUUUUACCAACAAGUUCGGACACACCUUCGAAAUGUUAAAAUAAUAUAAACUGUUACUAAAAUUGAUAUGAUCCUUGAAAUAGCAGAGAUUACUAGAAAACACAAUGUUUAGUUAUAAUUGUUGCUCAGAUAUUUUUUGUAUUACUGCUUAAUGUAUUAUAAUAAACAUUCGUAUUUUUUAUUAAAAUAAAUAAUGAG